CAGAGGUGGGGGCGUGCAGUGAUCCUUGUGAUUCCAGGAAAAUCGUUUGUUCUCAAAUCCAACGCAGAAUACUACGGAAUAUCGAUUGAAGUAGCUCUCGAAUGUGAAUCAAAUUGUGAAAUUAAUUAGGUGAUUCGUUAUUAUAUGUGGAACGAGAGUGAAGUGCUAUUUGUCCCCCCAUUGCUGACCGUUGUGAUUUAACUCUGGUGGGCCAUACAUUAAUCAACAUUAAUCCUGGCUGGAUUGGAUGUUUUCUCUUCCAGAGUCCGGCUCCAGCGCUCGUCGAAUUUUAAUGAGACUAUUUUUAUUCAUGUCCCACUGAACAAGUUUACAAUCUUUUUGUCCCCCCUCUUCGAUUCCACCCCACUUCUAGGUAGAAAUAACAACGAACACUAUCGAGAAGAAAACUUUUCUCCACCAACCGCCACAACUUGUUUAAUUUGAGUGCAAUCAAAUUGUAACAGUAGAAAAAUUAUCAAUCGAAUCAAAGUGCAAUAAAUCGAGCCAGAUUGAGAGAAGGAAAAAACAUGGCCACGAUGCAGCGUCGUUUGGUGAAUAAGCAGUUCAACUCACCGAUCAAUCUAUACUCGCAGAAGAACAUCCAGGAAACACUGGACCGUGAGCUGAAACUUCUUGCCAAUGGAGCCGUCGGAAUUGACUUUGAAGAUCCGGCAACCACAAAGCCACCAAGCUUGGCCAAGUCUGCCGUCCUGCAGGCUUUGGAGGAGGAAGAGCGCCAUCAGGGCCGAAACAAGGACUGGCAGCGUCCGGGCCGGUCGAGACAACGAUCCAGGACACCCUGCAUUGACCGUGAGACAGUUUUGCGAAUCAAUCGUCGUCCGCAGAGACACCGUUCUUGCGAUAAUUUCUGGCCUCCAGCAAGAGGUCCCUUGCCUCUCGACACGAGAGUUCCUGCCGUCGGUGGAACCGAAGUUCCAGCCGGAAACGGGUCGCCAGAACCCGCAUCUCCAUACCGCCGAUGGGUCCACUUCGACAACGGAAAUAUCUCUCCGACCACUGGCGGCGGAAGACCGUCAACCGUCCGGGUUCCUACACCCUUCCCAAGUCCCAUCUCGGAUUGCGAGAUUUUGGACAAAUUUGCUGGUGGUGCAAUGGAAAUCGACCCGAGCAACCGGAGUGAUCCGAGAGCGCCCGAUUUGGUGGAAAACGUCCCCCUGAUUGAUGCCGUGCUCGAUGAUUUGCUGACGUUCUCCAAGAAUCUUGUCUUGCGGCAGUCCUCGGCCAGUUCGGCUCUAGCCGCCGAACGUGAGGAGGCAAAAAUUGUCGAGAUAAAUGAUGAUGAUUUAAUUAAUUUAUUAGCUGAUGAUGACAAUAGUGAAACCAGAGUGGUUGAUGGUCCCACCGAAGAGCCCAAUGAGGGCGGAGAAAAUGCAGCUUCAGGAAAAAGUUUGCCUUCUAAGCAGGACAGGAACGCGGCCGAAGGACAAGAAAAUAGUGGCGAUGAGAGUUUUAGAGAGGCAGAAUGUGACCGGAAUGCCAAUGAGCAGAACGAAAAUCCGAAUUAUCCGAUUGGCGAUUCCGAGGACGUGUUGGACAAUUAUUUGAGUACGAGGCGCAAUCAGGAGGACAUUUUCGCCAACGUGGCGAUUUUCAACUGGAAUCCGAUGGACGUCUAUCACCAGCAUGGUCUGUUUAUGAUCGAUCCGCGCUUUGCGCUUGCCGACCUACAUGCCAUAGUUCCGACCGCAAAUGUUGCCACCUCCCAUCACCGGGGGGGAAACGAGGGGCAGUAUCAAGGCAGCAGCCAUAACGAACCAACUAGCAGGACAUCCAAUGGCAACCAGAAGAGUAAUGUCGCACAUUUAAAUUCGCUAAAGCGUGAGCAGGCUUCCAAUGAUGAGCAUCCAAGCCGAGCAGAAGAAGAAGAUGAUGCCGAUGACACUGCCGCUACUAUUGGCAUAGUGAAAAUAACUGAUGGUGCAGAUACGUCAUCGGAGGACGUGAAUUCAUUUGCAACUCAACGACGAACGCAAGACGACACUGUCUCCUCCUCCGCCCUGCUGGAGAGCCAUAAAAUCCCAAAUGACAGAACUAGUCCGGCGGUGGACCAUUUUUACGACUCCGCUCACGUCGAAUAUCCGGUGGUUCGUCCAGACUUGUACUUCGGCACGGCCACCAGCCAGCGUGCCAGUGAAUGCCAUCAAUCGCCGCUGGAAUCUGAUUAUGAUAAUGAUCCACCCAAGAGCAGCAGCAGCGUCAACGGCGACGAAGACUCGGCGAGGCCACCCACGACCGCGGAUGAACAAGAAGAAGGUUUGAAGCGCGUUGCCUGGCCACCACCAGCUGAAAGUGGUGACGAUUACGAGCAACAUCCGUCGCAAAACAAGUGCCCUCCACAGGUUCAACAGCAGCAGCAGCAGCACUAUCAACAAGCCUCCCCUCAGCCCCAUCCACACCAACAACAGCAACAGCAUCAGCCCCGAGAGCGUAUCAUCCCGAUUCAAAGGGCUACAUCCCACAUCUCACCGCACCAAACCCCGAAGUCACCGGUCAAUCAGCUCAAGUAUCCGAGCUACCCACCGGCGUCGCCUCAAAAUCUGUCAACGCCCCAAUAUCCGGCCCAACAGCGCCGUACAGUGUCCCCACUGGGCGGUUCCUCGACCGUAGCCUUCAGCGGCGGCCGUGCUGUUGUACCCCAACAGCCCCAACAGCCACAGCAGCAGCACCAGUUUCAACCGGCUCGUCCCGUUAGCGCUCCGCACUACCAACAACAGCAGCAGCAGCAGCAGAAACGCUACUCUUCGCCAUCGACGGCUUCUCUGGCAUCGCCCCGUUCGCCCCAGAUAAUUGGCGGUGGCCACAGCCCACGCGGUUGGGCCCACGUUCAAUCACCGGUUCCGGUUUACCGUCCCGCGCCCCGUCAGCAGCAGCAGCAACAACAGCAGCAGCCUUACGUCCCACCACCCUUUCAAACGGAACCCACUCCGUACCAGCCGUCUUCCGCUGGCUACGGAUACGGUUACGGACCGAGAAAGCCUGAACCGUCAUCCCAACAGCCACAGUAUCAGCCACAGGCAACCCAAGCUUUCCAACCGCCAGUGACUCAACAACAACAGCAUCAGCCUUAUUACCAGCCAGACCAAAUCCCGUUCGUCACCACACUACGCAAGGAACCACCAAUGUCGCAAGAACCUGCUCCGGUCUACCAGGCCCAACCAGUUGCUGCUAUUUACCAAGGCGGUACCAAUAUGCGCGGAGAUCAAAAAUGGCCACCAGCGGAGUACAAGGCACAAUCUGAACUGGAGAACGAAGAACGCCGAAGACUCGCCCAUCAGCCCGCCUUCCGCCCUCGCAAGGCGCAGAAAGAUUACACCAGUUUCUUCGCCAAACACGCGUUGAACCAGACCUACCCGAGCUAUCGGGCUCCACCAGGCACCCAACACCACUGUUAAGAACCCACACACUCACUGAAGCAUGCUCUGGGCAACACCAACAAUACUUCGAACCACGAGUAGCUUCAAUGACAGUCGAACUUAGAUAAACUUUUGAAAUUUUCUCCAGUUCACAUUGUUCACAAGUACCAGUACUGAGAGAGCGGAUAAAACAAUUUUGAGCACACAAACAUAAAUAACUAACUAUUUGAAAGGUCUAAUUUAAACCAACAAGGUGCAACGAAACAACUAACAAAUAUACGACGUAAACGGCUUAGGCAGCAACAAAUUAUACUUGAUAUGUUAUCAUAAGAUGAAAAGAUUUGUAACUAAUUGUUUAUUGUUAUUUUAAUUUUUUUUUGUUGGAGUGACUCUCUUCUAUAAUUCUUCUGGUUACGAUUGAUAAUAACUUUGCUAUUAUUAUUUUUUGUUCCGAUUUCAGUACACAUAUAUAAAUAUCUAACGCUUAAUGACGUUUUAAUUACUAAUAGAUGAAUAAUCACAACAGAAUAACCGCAAUCGUAUUAUGCUAAACUAUUAUUAAACAUGUCAGGAUGCAAAGAGACGAAAAGGCAGCAGCAACAACAACAACAACACCAAAAAAUGGUUGGAUGCGAAAACGCAUGUGUUAAUUGCAAUUUAUAAUCAAAUAUAUUAUUUAUAAUGAGUUUCUAGUGUUCGAUAUAGAGAAACCUACAGGAAGGGGGAGAGAGAAUGAUUUGAAUGUCGGAACCCCCCAAAAUCGCAUGGUUGUAAGCAACGCUUCUCGCCUGCAGGACAAAUCCAAACAUAGAAUACAAUUGAGAGAAGGUUGGGUACAACCCUACCAUUGGGAGGGGACAGUGGGGAAAAAAUAAAAUCGACUGCAAAGCUUAUGUUUCAUUUAUUUUGUCAUAACCGAAACAGGCCGUAACCGAAGAGCGACACGAAAAAAAAUCUGGUUUAAAUUUCACACCGACGCAUCGCAGCUUGCUGUCAAAAAGUGCAAGUGGGAGCAUGAAAGAAUUCCAGACAACAGCAGCAGCAGCAUCCGCGCGAAUGCGGGUGACAAAAAUAAUUAUUUUAUACAUUCAGAUGUUUACCAUUAAUUUAAGCGGAAGUCAUCAAACGUUCGUUGAAGCAUACAUUUUUCAUGCACUGCUCUUCUUUCUCAAUAAUUCACAAUAUUACGGAAAAAUUAUUCGGGAACAUUCACAAUGAAUGAGGUUAACGCCAUUUCCGGUGAGCAGUUGAAGGCAAAAGGUAACGCGUUACAAUGUACGCAUAAAUCCUCGCCGAAAGUAAUUACUACCCGCUAGCAUGACUAUUCACAAACUCCGGCCUUGUUAAUUAAUUUCCAUUGUCAUCGGUGCUUUGCCAACACAGAAAAAAAACCGAUAAAAUAUUGCAAUCCUACUUUUAGAUAUGCGUGCAAACAGCCCCAUAAUUAAUUUACAUGUUAUCAGUGGCUCACCGAUAAAUAUGUUGAGUGUAUUCCAAAUCAACAAACCAUUCAUCGGAAGCUACGUAUCUAUCCUGGGCAAUAGGAAACAAAUGUCCACUUUCGCAUUCUAAUAAAUAACUCUUAUUGUGAUGAUCAGAAUUAUGAAAUGUUUCGUAAUUUGAAUAUUUUUUUUUUCAAAUCUCGCUACGCCACGCGGGAAGCCCCCUCACGAAUAUUGAUGAAUUUUAUAAAUUUGUUUUCUCUGCCUACACAUUUAUGCGAUCAGAUUGUGGCACGAAUAAUAAAACGCUAAAUGUUUGCAAAUAUUUGAAAGCACCGCUCAUAAACUGAUGAUGACGGAUGAUGCUGUUAGAAAAUACACACACACAAAAACGAUUCCCGGUGGCUCUUUCUCUCCCUCUUCCGGUUGGCUAAUAUGUUAACACAGAGCUUGGUUAGUUUUUCAAUUUGUUUUUAUUUCGAUAGUUAGAGUAUGCAGCAACAAAUAAUAAAUGAACAAAAAAAACGAGCAUUAACAAAUACAGUAUCAAUAUCGAAUUUCGCUAAAACGCAUACGUAUUAAUAUUUAUGAUCAUUGUUUGUAUGAUUUUGCGAGGACACGCAGACGUGUGGGCGUGAAAGGAUAAAAAAUGCUACAGCCAUGGUUCACAUACUCACACGUACACAACGGUUUACAUGGAACACAAUAUAUUUUGUAAUAUUUUGUAAGAGGAUUCACAGUGAGAAUAAAUAAACGAUCCGUAUUUUGUGCGCUCGCGUAACGAAAGGCUACGAUGACAACAA